AUGCCUCGUGGGGCAAGGGUCUUUCUUAUUUCACGCUUUGGGGGUGGGAAACGUGGCGUGGUGGCAGAAGCCGACUCAUUAUCUGCAAUGUUGAAGCUGCUUUCAUGGCGUCGCUCAAUCCUUCAACCUCAGCUCUCAAACACCAAUAUUACUCAUUUUCCGUCUUCAUUUUAUCUCAUUAUCUCUCGUUUCAUCAGCCACUGUCCACAUGAAGAGGACCUUUACGACCCCCAAUUUUCCCCGACAAAUUUCAACAAAAAUAAGAACAAACCUAAAAAUACUCAAGGAAGAAAGCUUUCAAAAAAAGAUACCAAACAGUUAACGGAAAAUAAUGCCAAUAAUUUUACGGUGAAAGCCGAUUUGCCAUUUGAUUUCAUGUACUCUUACUCGGAGAACAGCCCCGGUGUUGAGCCCAUUGGGUUCCGCGAGCCUGCUAGAUUCUCUCCAUUCGGGCCUGGUCGGAUUGAGCGGAAGUGGACUGGGACUUGCGCUCCGGCUCAGGUGAAGGUGGAUUUGGACAAAUUGGACGAGGAGAGGAAAAGGGUCCUUGGAGAACCGUUGUCGGAGGAGGAAAUUGUGGAGCUCGUAGAGAAGUAUCGUCACAGUGAUUGCUCGCGUCAAAUCAAUUUGGGAAAGGGAGGAGUUACACACAACACGCUUGAAGACUUCCACAAUCACUGGAAAAGGGCUGAAGCUGUGAGGAUUAAAUGCUUGGGAGUGCCAACUCUUGACAUGGACAACAUUUGUUAUCAUCUUGAGGACAAAACCGGUGGGAUAAUUAUAUACCGAAAUAUCAACAUCCUCCUCCUAUUUCGAGGUCGAAACUAUGACCCCAAAAAUCGACCAGUCAUUCCUCUUAUGUUGUGGAAACCAUAUGCUCCAAUCUAUCCAAAACUCGUGAAGAAUGUUGCAGAUGGUCUCCCAUUUGAGGAAACUAAGGAGAUGCGAAACAAAGGGCUUAACUCUCCUCCUUUAAUGAAACUCACUAGGAAUGGUGUAUAUGUAAAUGUGGUGGAAAGGGUGAGAACAGCAUUUGAGACUGAAGAAGUGGUGAGGUUAGAUUGUACCCACGUGGGAACAAGUGACUGUAAAAAGAUUGGCGUCAAAUUACGAGAUCUUGUUCCUUGUGUUCCAAUCCUAUUCAAGGAUGAACAGAUCAUACUCUGGAAGGGAAAGAAAGAUCAAGAAUAGAACUUAUUGAUGGAGCUGGAUUUCUAUUCCUUGAAUAGGAUUAAAAAAACAUUUAUGGAUUGCUCCAAUUGGGAAUUUCGGGCAGGAAAGGGUGGCUAGCUGCAGUUUCAAACUUAGUUUCGGACUAUUGCCUACUGGUUAGUUAAAACUUGCUGUCCAGUGUAGAAUGAGCAGACAAUAGCCUCCAGGAGAAAGAUGAUGAGACUUUUUUUGGUUUGUCGUCUAUAUUCAGUGCAGUCUACAUUUUCGGUGCAACUUGAGAAAGCCGGCUAAAAAAUUUGAAAAUAAACCAAGGAAAAACCCUUUCGAUUUUAUUAAAUGGAAAGAUGUACACAAGACACUUGGUUGUUCGUGCAAGAGUUGGAAAUUUUUCCUUAUAUGACUUUUCAUUCAUCAGGUCGAAGUCGUAGGGUAAGCCAUUUAUUGGCCCCGGCAUCACUUUGGGGUGCACAUAUUAGAUAAGAUUGCUAUGAACUAAGCCUUGCUGCUUGAUAAUGGAAAAUUGGUCUCUGUUUUUACAGUUUUAUUCUGAUUGAAAUGAAAAAUAUCAGUGAAGUUCUGAUGCUCUUA